AUGGCCCCUCGCACUCUUAUGCCUUCGCCCGAUCUCAUGGAUCCAAACGCCUCUCAGUCGGGCCAGGGCACUCACUCUAGGGACUCGAAUGUGGCGUACACCAAUGAGCCUACUCAACUGGCAGAUGCGAUUCAUCUCAUGCAGUCUGCUAUCUCUCAGACCGGCCAAGGCACCCCCUCCAUGGUCUCGAAUAUGGCUUAUACCGGCCAACCUACUCGAUUGUCGGCUCCCACUAUAUCCAUGGCGGCCCUGGCGGCUCCUGCUAAUACUCACUCUACUCAUUUCGUGACACCCCCUCGCACCCUUAUGCCUUUUCCUCGUUUCAUGGAUCCAACCACCCAUCAAACAGGCCAGAAUACUCACUUCAGGGCCUCAAAUAGGGCUUACAACAGCCAGCCUACUCAAUUGGCGGACGCGAUUACUCUCAUGCAAUCUGCCAUCUCUCAGACAGGCCAGGGUACUCCCCCCAUGGCCCCAAGUAUGGCUUAUACCGGCCAACCUACUCAACGGACGGCUCCGGGUACUCCCACGGAGUCAAACACCUCCCAGGCAGACCAAGACGCUCACAUUGUGGUUUCGAAUACUCCUGUCAGACCCUCGACCAUGCCUGGUGGCAAUCCUUGGCCAUCCCCGAGUUCAUCUACCAACUCACCCAAUAGGAACACUAUCUCAAUCCAAUCAGGCAUCAAUGAAGGUGCUCUGGGCCAACAAAUGCGGGACUGCGUCCCUCCUGAGGGUCCCCAGGGCUACAUGUCCGACGAUAACAUCUGGAACGAAGAAUUCCGUGUUGGAGGCCCCCAGCUCUGCGCCCUCCCCGCGACUACCACCUUAUUCGCUGAAGGUAGCCAUCAUUACAGUCUUGUAUGGGAUGGGGACCUCCUCAACCGGGUUUAUCGGAUGGCUCACCGCUUCAACAUCGAACCGCUUGAAGCGAUGUUGGUUACUCGCCAAUCAGAAUGGGGCCUGAUGCCGGCACCUAUUGUUACUGUGCUAAUUUUUGCAAACCGAAAGAACAUGGAUGACUCGUGGGUACAGUGUGCUCAGUUGGUUCGAAAGUACCUCACGACACAGAUCAUGGAGCCGAACAUCUCAGUCGAGAUUGCGGACCCGAGGGCCUUCCCAUGGAAAGGACCUGAUUUGGCCCUGCCCAUGUCUCCCCAUUGA